CGCGGUGUUGAAUGUUUUAUUUGAGCAGCUGCCUAAUGAAAAACUAACUUUGUCGGUUACUUUUAUCAUAUAUCCCAUGCAUACAGCUUCUGUUAGUUGGCGAUUUUGAAAGUUAAAUCGGAAUUUGUUGGAAAAAAGAUUUAAAAAGUCAGAGCUGGAGAUGGCUUCUGGGGGUUUGGGUUUCACCGAGGGCCUGGGUCAAGACAUCAGUCAGGAGGAUUUGGACUUCUCCGACCUAUUUAUGUAUAAUCCACCUGGAGACGACUUUCCUGUCGGCUGUGGUAAAGAUGACUCAAGUGCUCUCCUUCAGAACAACCAGCCUCCUCUGCUGGUGGUCAACCAUCACGCUGCCUACCUCUCCAGCUCCAACCAGCCAGCCUCAAGCCAGGACCCCUCCUCUCACAGCCCCACCACAGAAAACCUGUCAGGGGCGGUGUUUGAGUCCCUGGGGCUGGCCUCAAGACCAGGGACUAUCCCUUCUCCCAGUCCCAGGAUUGAGAUCACUCCGUCGGGUGACUCUCUCAGCUCUCAAACCCUGGAGCCGAGCCCUGGCACCAAAGCUCUGGGGGGCUACAGGGAGUGUGUGAGUCCUGCCAGCAGUAACUCCUCCACAGGCUGGCCUGCAGAGGCAUACUCUCCUUUGGCUUCACCAUGUGUCUCCCCUUCUAAUCGAGACAGCUGUGGCGUGGGGUUGUCCGGCUUAGACCUCUGUCCAGGCAUCCAGGGAAUCCACACUUCUUCUGCCCACUCCUCUCCAGGAGCCUCGCCUCGCAACAGCAUCACGGAUGAGACCUAUCUCUUGCCCCAGCACCAACGCACCGCCUCAUCACAUCCCCACCAGCGUUCCCGCUCUGCAUCGCCACAUGGAAAGCGAUCCCUUGACCAGACCCACUCCUGUCAGGGAGGCACUCCUGUCAAACAGCGCUCCCGGAGCCCCAGCCCCAUCCCCUCUCCCCAUGAGCAGCAGGGGUCCUACUACCUCCACCAAUUCCAGGUUCAACCUGAGUUCCAGCCCCAAGCUCAGACAUCCACCCCAGGCCUGGAGGAGAUGCUGAACAGCCUCAGCUCCAGUUUACCCAGAGCGAUGCCUUCUGCAGUGGUGCGAGAUGCACAUGGGCAAGCCCAGAAACAGGACUGUGUGUAUGGAGAGGGGUAUGAUGACUGGGCCAUUGAGCAGGAGAGGAUGGGCAGGGUGGGAGCAGAAAUCAAGUCUGAAACCUUCUAUAUGGUUCCAGCUGUGUGGCCUCCUCCUCAUCCAGGCCACCAUAGCGCAUUUAGUGGUCUCUCCGUGGCUCCACUUCCGUCUUUAGAGUGGAUGUUGCCCAGUCAGUCUGGUCAGUACGAGCUUGUUAUCCAGCAGGAGCCAAGAUCUCACCACAGAGCUCAUUAUGAGACUGAGGGCAGCCGAGGAGCUGUGAAGACACCUAACGGAGGGCAUCCGGAAAUUCAGCUCCGCGGGUACCAAGGCACAGCUCCACUGGGACUGCAGGUCUUCAUAGGAACAGCCGACGAGAGGAUCCUUAAACCCCACGCCUUCUAUCAGGUCCACCGCAUCACCGGGAAGACCGUCACCACACCCAGCAUGGAGAGGAUGAUGAAUGGGACCAAAGUGUUGGAGAUCCCUCUGGAGCCAAAGAACCACAUGAGAGUUGUCAUCGACUGUGUAGGAAUCCUGAAGUUGAGAAAUGCCGACAUCGAACUGAGGAACGGCGAGACUGACAUUGGACGAAAAAACACACGUGUGCGUUUGGUGUUUCGUGUCCACAUUCCUCAACCAGGAGGACAGCUUCUGUCUCUUCAAGUUGCCUCUCAUCCUAUUGAAUGCUCCCAGCGCUCAGCUCAGGAGCUCCCUGCAGUCGAGAGGCAGGACCUGGACCGAUGCUCGGUACUUGGUGGUCAACAAAUGGUCCUUACUGGACAGAAUUUCACAUCUGACUCCAAAGUGAUAUUCUCAGAGAAGACACAAGAUGGGCAGCAAAUCUGGGAGGUGGAGGCGACUGUGGACAGAGACAAAACACAAGCUAACAUGCUUUUUGUUGAAGUCCCUCCAUAUCGAAACCGGUCCAUUUCCCAUACAGCCAAAGUCAACUUCUACGUCAUCAACGGGAAGAAGAAACGCAGUCAGCCUCAGCACUUCAUCUACACUCCUCUGACAGCCAUUAAAACGGAACCACUGGAUGAGUUCAAUUCAUACGUCUACUCAGACAAUCAGUCCCUGUCUGGCCUGUCCAUGAAGUCACUCUACCAUCAUCUGGAGCAGGAGAGCAACCUACAAGCCUUGAAUGUUUCUCCAGCAAUGUACCAUCUAACCACCGUAGACCCCAGAGCCCACGUGUUAAUCCCCGAUACACUGGACGACCAACCAGUUUACUACCAGUCUAGAGCCAGCCCUCUGAUCAACAACCCUCUGCUGUACCACACUGCCAACCAACAUUACAGCAACUGUGGUCCCGCCCUCCUCGGUGGCUCCCCGAUGGCUCCACACCCAGCCUCCGCUCCCAUCCAGUGUGUCAGCGCCAGAACCCCUGCGGCCAAACUGGGAGAAGGACCUCAGGUUGGUGACGCCUAUGAGGCCUGUUUGCCAUCAAGACAUCAGGGCUUUGUGCAGACAGCCCUGCCACUGGGAAAGUCACCAACGUCAAGAUACAUCCAAGGUCAAGCUCAAGGGACCGUUGGAAACCGAGUGGAGCCUCUGACGCAGAUCGGCUCUGCUAGAGGAAACCACGAGGAACAAGCUCCAGAGAGAGUCAGUGUCAAACAAGAGAGUCUCCGCUACGCUUAUCUGGAGGAUGUGAACGAUAUCAUAAGAAGAGACAUGAAAGGCCACAAUGGAGAGUGACCCUAGAGCCUGCAGCCCUGAUGUGCAUCUGAAUAAUCAUAAUAUGUAAAAUAUACAAUCUCUCAAAGGAAGUUUGCACUUACGAUAAAAAAAUGAAUUGGUGGCAAACAUUUAUGGCAAACAAUAGAAACUGAUCCUCUGUAGUUCGACUUUGGACUUUUUAGCUUUAGCAAAGAUAGGAGAAAAAAUGUAUCCUCAUACCUUAUACUGUGUAUCUAUUAUGUCUUUAUUUUUACCUGUUUGACCUGUCUUUGUUCAUAUAUUUGUACAAUUGCUCUUUGUAAGCAUGUAUAAAAUAUUUUAUAUUAAAUAA